GAGAGAGAGCGAGACGCUGCCGGCGUUAGUGGCAGCUCCCUCAGACCGUGGGGAAGAGACCACCGGUUCGGCGGCGGCGACCGCAAUCUCCCCUCCCUCCCCGCCCGGCUUCUUCUGCACACAACCACACACGCACCUCCUCCUCCUCCUCCUCCUCCUCGGUUGCCAGGCGAAGCGAGAGGGCGGGUCCGAAGGGGGAGGGACCGGCCCAUGGACCAGCCGGGCCUGGAGCCGAGCUUGGAGGAGCUGCUGCCGCCGCCGCCGCCGAGGAAGGCCUGUGGAAAUGCGGGCGUAGCGCGGAGGCGCAGUGGCCGUCGCCAGCGCCGCAGCCGGGCCCGGGGCGCCGGGUCUCUCGCCGGAGAGCGCUGAGGAAGGAACCAGCCGGAUGCUGCUGCUGCCCAGAGCCUGAGGCGGCGCCUCAUUCCUUUCCUCCCUCUUCCUCGGUCGCCCUCCUCUCUCUCGUAUUUCCCCCCCUGCCUCGCUUCUCUCUCGCUCCCUCAGCCUCGCGGCCUCUCCCUCCUUCCCGCCUGGUGGGCUCGGCCAGCCGCUCCGCUCAGUAGCAGCGGCCGCCGCCACCGCCACCAUGUCGGCCAAGGUGCGGCUGAAGAAGCUGGAGCAGCUGCUGCUGGACGGGCCGCGGCGCAGCGAGAGCGUCCUGAGCGUCGAGGCGCUGCUGGACCUCCUGGUCGGCCUCUACACCGAGUGCAGCCGGGACUCGCCGCUCCGCAGAGACAGGCUCGUCUCCGACUUCCUCGAGUGGGCAAAACCAUUUACUCAGCUGGUGAAAGAAAUGCAGCUUCAUCGAGAUGACUUUGAAAUCAUAAAAGUAAUUGGGAGAGGUGCAUUUGGUGAGGUUGCAGUUGUUAAAUUGAAGUGCACAGAGCGCAUUUAUGCAAUGAAGAUUUUAAAUAAAUGGGAAAUGCUUAAAAGGGCAGAGACUGCUUGUUUCCGAGAAGAAAGAGACGUUUUGGUGAAUGGAGACUGCCAGUGGAUUACUACAUUGCACUAUGCCUUUCAGGAUGAAAACUAUUUGUACUUAGUAAUGGACUACUAUGUGGGUGGUGAUUUAUUGACCUUACUUAGCAAGUUUGAAGACAAGCUUCCUGAAGAUAUGGCCAGGUUCUACAUUGGGGAAAUGGUGCUUGCUAUACAUUCCAUUCAUCAGCUACAUUAUGUGCACAGAGAUAUAAAACCCGACAAUGUUUUAUUGGAUAUGAACGGCCAUAUACGCCUGGCAGACUUUGGAUCGUGUUUGAAGAUGAGUGAAGAUGGCACUGUGCAAUCUUCAGUUGCAGUGGGCACACCUGAUUAUAUUUCCCCUGAAAUACUGCAAGCGAUGGAGGAUGGCAUGGGGAAAUACGGGCCUGAGUGUGACUGGUGGUCCCUGGGAGUCUGCAUGUACGAAAUGUUGUAUGGUGAAACACCUUUCUAUGCAGAGUCGCUGGUGGAAACCUACGGGAAGAUUAUGAAUCAUGAAGAGAGAUUCCAGUUUCCAUCCCAUGUUAGUGAUGUGUCUGAAGAGGCAAAAGACCUAAUCCAGAGGCUUAUUUGCAGUAGGGAACGUCGUCUGGGGCAGAACGGAAUAGAAGACUUCAAGGCGCAUGCAUUUUUUGAAGGGCUAAAUUGGGACAAUAUCCGAAAUUUAGAAGCACCUUACAUUCCAGAAGUUAGCAGUCCUUCGGACACAUCAAACUUUGAUGUAGACGACGAUGUAUUAAGAAACCCUGAAAUGAUACCACCUGGUUCUCACACUGGCUUUUCUGGACUGCAUUUACCAUUUGUUGGCUUUACCUACACAACUGAGAGUUGUUUUUCUGAUAGAGGCUCGCUAAAGAGUGUCAUGCAGUCCAGUGGUAUAACCAAAGAUGAGGAUGUGCAGCGUGACUUGGACAACAGCUUGCAAAUAGAGGCAUACGAAAGGAGAAUACGAAGGUUGGAGCAGGAGAAGCUGGAGCUGAGCAGGAAGUUGCAAGAAUCUACCCAGGCUGUUCAGUCCCUUCAUGGUUCUGCUCGCAUAACAGCAAACACAAACCGGGAUAAAGAAAUUAAAAAGCUAAAUGAGGAAAUUGAGCGCUUGAAAAACAAAAUAGCAGACUCAAAUAGGCUAGAGCGGCAACUGGAAGAUGCGGUGACGCUGCGGCAGGAACAUGAAGACUCCACCCACAAGUUAAGAGGACUUGAAAAGCAGUGCAGGAUAUUUAGGCAAGAGAAAGAGGAUCUCCAUAAGCAACUCAUUGAAGCGUCUGAAAGAUUAAAGGCACAGUCCAAAGAACUAAAGGAUGCCCAUCAACAAAGAAAGCUAGCAAUGCAGGAAUUCUCAGAGCUGAACGAGAGGAUGGCGGACUUGCGCUCCCACAAGCAGAAACUAUCUCGACAGCUCCGUGACAAAGAGGAAGAAGUGGAAGUGAUCAUGCAGAAAAUUGACUCCAUGAGACAGGAAAUCCGUAAAUCUGAGAAAGCGAGAAAAGAGCUAGAAGCCCAACUUGAUGAUGCAGCAGCAGAGGCAUCAAAAGAGCGUAAGCUUCGAGAGCACAGUGAGAGUUUCUCUAAGCAGCUUGAAAGUGAACUGGAGACCCUAAAGAUAAAGCAGGGAGGUCGUGCUGCUGGCGUGGCCAUGCAUGAGCAUCAGCAGGAACUGGCCAAAAUGAAGUCAGAGCUUGAGAAGAAAAUCUUGUUUUACGAAGAGGAGCUGGUCAGGCGAGAAGCAUCCCAUGUCUUGGAAGUAAAAAAUGUGAAAAAGGAGGUGCAUGACUUAGAAAGCCAUCAGCUAGCACUGCAGAAAGAGAUCAUGAUGUUAAAAGAUAAAUUGGAUAAGGCCAAACGGGAGAAGCACAGUGAGAUGGAGGAAACAGUGGGAACUAUGAAAGAGAAAUAUGAGCGAGAGAGAACCAUGCUCUUUGAAGAUAACAAGAAAAUAACAACUGAAAAUGAGAAGCUUUGUUCCUUUGUGGAUAAACUAACAUCACAAAACAGGCAGCUAGAAGAUGAACUUCAGGAUUUGGCGGCAAAGAAGGAAUCUGUUGCCCACUGGGAAGCUCAGAUUGCAGAAAUUAUUCAGUGGGUGAGUGAUGAGAAAGAUGCCCGUGGCUAUCUUCAAGCUUUAGCUUCUAAGAUGACAGAAGAACUUGAAUCUUUAAGAAGCUCCAGUCUGGGAUCAAGAACAUUGGACCCACUCUGGAAAGUGAGACGUAGUCAGAAGUUGGAUAUGUCAGCAAGGCUGGAGCUGCAAUCUGCUCUCGAUGCCGAAAUACGUGCCAAACAGCUGGUCCAGGAAGAGUUAAGGAAGGUUAAAGAUGCCAACUUGUCCUUUGAAAGCAAACUAAAGGAAUCUGAAACAAAAAAUCGGGAACUCUUGGAAGAAGUUGAAGCUUUAAAGAAGAAGCUGGAAGAGAAAUACAGGACGGAUGCAGGUCUCAAACUUUCAGACUUCCAGGAUUCUAUUUUUGAAUACUUCAAUACAUCACCUCUUGCUCAUGAUCUAACUUUCAGAGACAAUGUUUCUUCCUCGUCUUCAUCUUCUCUGCUAGCCUUUUGGGAAGAAACAAAUUCCGUUAGUGAGCAGGAGGCGCAGGGUUCUAAAGCAGAGGUCUCGCCAUCGACAUCUGUUGUGAGUGCAGAGCAGCAGCAGCAGCAAGAAGAACCAAAUCGGCUUCAGAGGAUGCCUGCUGCUCCUUCCCCCACCAUUCAGUCCAUUUCUCUAGCUGUACCAAAGCCUAAAGCUCAUCAACUCAGUAUCAAAUCCUUUUCAAGCCCCACACAGUGCAGCCACUGCACCUCCCUCAUGGUGGGAUUGAUUAGACAGGGCUACGCUUGUGAUGUGUGUUCAUUUGCAUGCCAUGUUUCCUGCAAGGACAGCGCACCACAAGUCUGCCCUAUACCUCCAGAGCAAGCCAAGAGACCCCUUGGGGUAGAUGUUCAAAGAGGCAUAGGAACAGCCUACAAAGGCUACGUCAAGGUUCCAAAGCCAACAGGAGUUAAGAAAGGAUGGCAGCGGGCCUAUGCAGUUGUCUGUGACUGUAAACUAUUCCUCUAUGAUGUACCUGAGGGGAAAUCCACCCAGCCGGGAGUGGUUGCAAGUCAAGUCCUAGAUCUCAGAGAUGAAGAUUUUUCCGUGAGCUCUGUCCUAGCAUCGGAUGUUAUACAUGCAACCCGCAAAGAUAUUCCUUGCAUAUUCAGGGUGACAGCCUCUCUCUUAGGCUCGCCUUCAAAGACCUGCUCUCUGCUGAUCCUAACAGAAAAUGAGAACGAGAAGCGAAAGUGGGUUGGAAUCCUAGAGGGGCUGCAAUCUAUUCUGCACAAAAAUAAACUCAAAAACCAAGUUGUACAUAUUCCGCAGGAAGCCUAUGAUAGCACACUUCCUCUCAUUAAAGCCAGUUUAGCUGCUACUAUUAUAGAUCGAGAUAGAAUAGCAAUUGGUGCUGAAGAAGGCCUCUAUGUUGUAGACGUGACCCGUGAUGUGAUAGUCCGAGCUGCUGACUGCAAGAAGGUCUACCAGAUAGAGCUGGCUCCCAAAGAGAAAAUCAUUAUCCUUAUCUGUGGCCGGAAUCAUCAUGUUCACUUGUAUCCCUGCUCCUCUCUGGAUGGAUCUGAAGGCACUCUUGAUGUUAAGCUUCCUGAAACUAAAGGCUGCCAGUUCAUUACAACUGGGACACUGAAGAAGAGCUCUUCAACAAGUUUGUUUGUGGCAGUCAAACGGCAGGUUCUGUGCUAUGAAAUUCAUAGGACUAAACCUUUCCAUAAAAAGUUCAGUGAAAUCCAGGCACCUGGCAGCAUACAGUGGAUGACAGUGCUCAAAGACAGGCUUUGUGUUGGCUACCCAUCUGGUUUCUCUCUGUUGAACAUCCAGGGUGAUGGACAAUCUAUAAACCUGGUAAAUCCCAAUGACCCAUCGCUUGCAUUCCUUUCACAACAGCCUCUUGACGCCCUUUGUGCUGUGGAGCUCAGCAAUGAGGAAUACCUGCUUUGCUUCAGCCUUUUGGGAGUGUACGUUGAUGCGCAAGGUCGAAGGUCACGCAUGCAAGAGCUAAUGUGGCCUGCAACUCCUGCUGCCUGUAGCUGCAGUCCAUUCUAUUUAACGGUCUACAGUGAAUACGGUGUUGAUGUAUUUAAUGUCAGCACCAUGGAAUGGGUUCAGACUAUCGGCUUAAGAAGGAUCAGACCCCUAAAUGUGAUGGGCACACUGAAUCUCCUUAACUGUGAACCUCCUCGACUGAUCUAUUUCAAGAACAAGUUUUCAGCAGGAGCUGCCCUUAGCGUGCCGGAGACAUCCGACAACAGCAAAAAGCAAAUGCUUCGCACCAGAAGCAAGAGAAGAUUUGUCUUUAAAGUCCCUGAAGAAGAAAGAAUACAGCAAAGAAGGGAGAUGCUCCGAGACCCUGAGCUCCGAUCCAAAAUGAUUUCCAAUCCGACCAAUUUCAACCACGUGGCUCAUAUGGGACCAGGAGACGGGAUGCAAGUGCUCAUGGAUCUCCCACUGAGCGUCUUACCUCCUUCACAAGAUGAAAAGGCUUGUCCUCCCACGACCAACAUUUCACGCCAAGCACCUCAGAGAAACAAAAGCUACAUUUCAUGGCCAUCUUCAGGUGGCAGUGACCUAGGAGCAGCUAUGCCCUUGAGGAGUAUGUCUGAUCCAGACCAGGAGUUUGACAAAGAGCCUGACUCAGAUUCCACCAAACACUCGACUCCUUCCAACAGCUCGAACCCAAGCGGGCCCCCAAGUCCCAACUCCCCACAUAGGAAUCAGCUGACGCUUGAUGGAUUGGACCAAUCGACCUGCGAUGCAUAACACUACGGCUCCCCCCUCCCUCCCCAAAUCCUAUUUGGGACCAUCGGCAUCUGGGAACACUCCACGGAGUGUUCAAGAGCAGGAUGCCCGUCUCCCAACAACUGUGCCAAGACUUGAUACUGAAUUUCUAGUGUUGCACAAAAGUAAAUUCUAUAGUUUAGAGGUGUAGAUUUGGGGGAAUUAAAAAAAGGAGGAGCGAGUUCUUUAUUACUACACGGAUCAAGUUGUUACUGUUUUUUAUGCAAAACUGUUUGUUCUUAACCCUAUGGCGGAUCAAUUUCUGCACAGACGUGAUAUUAAUGUGACAUACACUACAGGCUUUUGGUAAACGGUCUUCAUAUUUAAGUUGGAAAGAAAAUAGAGAAGAGUCGCUGGUAGUUUUUUUUUACUACAGUGCGGUGUCAGGAAUAUUUUUCUAUAGGAUGAUGUAAUGUCUCGUUAACAGGAAAUCCUUUUAGUGGGGGGGGAGAUGGUCCUUUUGAGUUGGAAGUAAAAAGCAGGCUAUAAAAGCAGGCUACUUGCAUCCUUGGCUAAAUAUAUUCAAAAUAUAUUCUGGUUGUGUGUUUUUUCAAGUUUUAGGAGAAUGAUAGGAAGCUGUAGGGCCAUUCCCAGCAUCAGUAGAAAUAUGUCAGGAAGUUGAAAACCGAGGUUCUAGUUUGUGGCCUUUUAACUUAUUUAGCCAUUACAUACAUUCUCAGCUUUGUAAAUGUCCUUCUCCCAACUUUUUAGUCAUGUACAUAAAACUAUUGCCGGUGAUGUUUUAUCCUUACCCUGCUUUUUUAGACCUCUUCAGUUCAUCAUUAGCCGGGGCAGGGCUUUCAAAAAAAGAUGAGAAGAAAAAAAAGACUGCUGUGAAACAGGUUUUACUCUGCUUUUCCUCCUACCAUCUUCACGGACAUUCUUGUAAUUCCUUUUUUUGUUUUGCUUUUGUUCCAGCAUUAAAGAUACACUACAUUAAGAUAAAAUAAAAUAUGCUAGCGAGCGUUCUCUUGGGAUCGCUCCCUUGAAGGCUGCUUAUGUGAUGGGAUUGUGUAGUAGUACUUAAACCAUCGGUCUAUCUUGAUUGGUAACCAAAGUGGAAAUGUUGAAGGAUGUGUAUAUGAGGGUGCCUCAUCUUCUCCCUACCACCACCUUCCCCAGUUCAUUGUAUCCUCGCCUGCAUGAAGACCCCAUGAUUGCUAAUCAAAAGUAUUGAUCAUGUAGAGAAAAAAGAAAAAAAUGCACAGCACACUCCUGUAUAUUUUGCUACGGCCCAAGUGCAGCGGUGACAUAUUGCGUGUAUAUUUAAUCUCAUGCUUCCAUGUAUUAUACAUUUAGUAAUUUUCCCUCUUCCCCACCUCCACCUCUCCACACACCCUUCGGGGGGGGGGGGAUUGUGAUCAUGUUUCAUUUAAAAAAGCGUGUGUAAUUAAUUCUGUGGCUGGCAUAUCCAGUUUGUCAUUGUCACAUUAGUGUGCCUUCUGUGCCAAUUUGAUGACAGUUGGAUGUCAAUUGUUUUUUUUAAAAAAAUCUGGUUCUAUGGGCUAAUGCUAUACCAAUGGCUAAUACUCUUUCCUGAAACACUGUAUAGGACAUGCACUUAUCCCUAGUUUUAAAUCAAGUGGCUCUAGUCAACAUUUAAUCCUGUUACAUUAAGUGUUUGACAAUACUUGCUCUUUUCUCAGAUUCUUGAUCAAUGAAGCUCAGUUUUGAGCUGGACACUACUGCUUUUGGGGUUUUCUGGUUUUUACUCCUUUUUUUAAAUGUAAGUCUGAGGUCUUUGUAAUUAUUGAAUUGUGAGAACAUUUUUGAACAAUUUACUUGUCAAUAAAGCAGAAGAGGAAGGUUUUAAAAAGUA